UUACUCUCAGGGGCUAAACUGAUAGUUUGCUUUCAGAUGAGAAAAGCCGAACUAAGAUCUAGUAUGUACAGUAGAAUUCUCCAAAAUGUGGCUUGGGAACCAGUAUUUGAGAUCGUUGCCCUUAGCAACAGGUUGUGUUCAUAACCCAUCUAAUAUUGACUGUCUUUGGCCAGCCGUGCACUGUGCUGUAGGAGUAUUCUGAGCAGGUUUUAUGUUGCAGAAUGGCAGAAGUGUUUGGGUCAGCACAUUUGAGUUAGAGGUUGGAACAACUGAGAGGCUUGUAGCCAGGCUAGCAUACUUAAUACAGGCAGUCCAAGGGGCUAAUCCUCAUUAGAACCUCUACUUCCCCAGCAUAUGAGGACAUGAGUCCAAAUGAGACUAAAGAACCAGCUAAACAUGUUGAUGCCCACAUCGUAGGUGACGUGUGCUCAUAGUAUCGGCAGGAGAGAAGAAAGCAGAUGGGGGAGACCGAGGAUGAACGGACCACUCAGGCCUGCCAGCUCUUUGAGAACUUUGUCCAGUCAUCGACCUGCAAGGGAACUCUGCAGGCCUUCAGCAUUCUUUGCAGGCAGCUGGAGCUGGACCCUCUGGACCACAGCAACUUCUACAACUCCUUGAAAGCUGCAGUCAGUACAUGGAAGGUUAAGGCUUUGUGGGUGAAACUAGACAAGAGGGCACAGCUGAAGGUCUACAACCAGAAUAAAGCCUGCCAGGGCACCAGGUGUCUGGUCAUUGGUGGAGGUCCCUGUGGCCUGAGAACGGCCAUUGAGCUGACCCUGCUGGGCUGCAAGGUUGUGGUGAUUGAGAAGAGAGACACCUUCUCCAGGAACAAUGUGCUGCACCUCUGGCCCUUCACCAUUCAUGACCUCAGAGGCCUCGGAGCCAAAAAGUUCUACGGCAAGUUCUGCGUUGGCUCCCUCGACCACAUCAGUAUUCGUCAGCUCCAACUCAUGCUGCUGAAAGUGAGCCUGAUUCUGGGAGUCGAGGUUCAUGUCAAUGUGGAGUUCAUCAAACUUUUGGAGCCAACAGCAGAGCAGACUGAUGAUGGCCGUGGCUGGCGAGUAGAGGUUCAGCCCUCCAGCCAUCCUGUCUCUGACUUUGACUUCGACGUGGUGAUUGGAGCCGAUGGGAGGAGGAACACCUUAGAUGGUUUCACUCGCAAGGAGUUUCGAGGGAAGUUGGCCAUUGCCAUUACAGCUAACUUUGUCAACAGGAACACAACAGCGGAGGCCAAGGUGGAGGAAAUCAGCGGCGUGGCAUUUAUCUUCAACCAGAAGUUCUUCCUGGAGCUCAGGGAGGAGACAGGAAUCGACUUGGAGAACAUCGUUUAUUACAAAGACAACACCCACUACUUUGUUAUGACAGCCAAGAAGCAAAGUCUGCUGGACAAAGGGGUCAUCCUAAAUGACUACAUAGAAACCGAGCGGCUGCUGAGCUCUAACAAUGUCGACCAGGAGGCAUUGCUUUCAUACGCGCGUGAGGCGGCUGACUUUGGAACAAACUACCAGCUGCCCUCCUUGGACUACGCCAUCAACCAUUAUGGACAGCCAGAUGUGGCAAUGUUUGACUUCACCUGCAUGUAUGCUUCAGAGAACGCUGCCCUGAUCAGGGAGAAACAUGGAAAGCACCUCCUGGUAGCACUGGUGGGGGACAGUCUCCUCGAGCCCUUUUGGCCAAUGGGCACAGGUUGUGCCCGGGGUUUUCUGGCAGCCUUCGACACAGCCUGGAUGGUAAAAGGCUGGGCACAGGGGCAAAGGCCUCUGGACAUACUGGCUGAGAGGGAGAGUAUUUACAGACUGCUGCCUCAGACCACCCCAGAAAACAUCAGUAAGAACUUUGAACAGUACACCAUCGACCCUGCUACCCGCUAUCCCAACCUUAAUUCCAGCUGUGUGCGCCCACACCAGGUUCGUCAUCUGUAUAUUGAUGGUCGACAAGACUCCUGUACCCUUGAAACUGGAAUUCCAACACGUAGAGCAGUCAACCUGUCCAGAAAAGACUCUGACGUGCGUCCUGGCCGCCUGCUGACCUGGUGUCAGAAGCAGACUCAGGGCUACAGAGGUGUUGAGAUCACCAACUUCACAUCCUCCUGGAGGAGCGGCCUGGCCCUGUGUGCUCUCAUGCACAGCCAGAGGCCUAAACUAAUUGAUUAUGAUUCUCUUAACGAGGAGGAUGUGGCCGUGAACAACCAGUUAGCGUUUGAUGCUGCUGAGAGAGAGUUCAGAAUCCAGCCAGUGACCACAGGACUGGAGAUGGCUGCACAGCCUGAACCUGACCAGCUGCUGAUGGUGCUCUACCUCUCCAAGUUCUAUGAAGCCUUCAGGAAUUCACCAGUAAUCAACAGUGGUGGAACAGUACCAGAUGAAAAUAGUGACGCAUUAUCAUGUAAAACCAACCACAACCAGCUGAACCUCCCGGCCAGGAAGAGGAUACCCAGGGAAGACAAAAAACUAGAAGAUGAUUCAGUAAACAAGAGAAGGCGAAAGGGCAACAACUACCUCGCGGAGUUGUCUUGUCACAGUGCUCCCCCUACUGGUGAGGAUGGAGAGCUGCGUGAGAAUAAAGUACGCUCCAUGGCGACUCAGCUGCUGGCCAAGUUUGAGGAGAACUCUGCAACAGCACAGAUUCACAGCAAGUCCGAGGGCCUAUUUGAUUCAUCCUCCUAUCCCCCCGAGUCUCCUUCCGCCCCACUCCCUCUUUCAGAUGAGGAGGAGACUGAGAAGGAGGAGACGGAAAGGGAAAAUCCUCGUUUUGCAAAGCCUAAAAACGCCCCGCCUCCUUCUCAGACCCGAGCACACCCAAAGUGGCAGCCUUCCAUCUACCUUCGCUUACUGGAGGACCCCAAUUCAGUGGAUCAGGAAGCUUCUUUCUCUUGUUCCAAAUCCUUGUUAUCUCAGAGCAGCUGCAGUCGUUCACUUUCCCCCUCACACUCUAACAGCCUGAUAAGUCCUCCGCAUUCACUCAGUCCUGCUGAACAUGACUGUGCAGAACGUCACUUCUCUGCCUCUCCUCCUCAAAGUGUUGAUCAUCUUACUCAGAACCCGGAGGAGGCUGUGCAGCAGGUGAUUUACUCUAGACUUUCAAACUUGCUGGUUUCAACAUCCUUUUUGAUGUUUCCUGUAAACUUUGUCCCCUGCCUGCUGUGUCUGCAGAGUAAUACUCCCAAAUUGUCUGCUAGAGAAUUUUCAAGGAGGACCAUAAAAGAGAGAGCUGCCCUGCUGACCUCCAUGUUUCCUGGCUCUAACAAAGCGCCCACAAUUCCUCUUUCUUCUCCCUCAGAUUCUCAGGUGGAAGCUUCUACCUCCUCUCCUUCCUUUUCUGUACCUCUUCCCACUGACUCUGUAUGCGAGAGCCCCACUGGCUUCCCUGUGGUCCACCCGGUCCCUGACCCCACUGCCCAGGCUGGUUUUUCCUUUGUCCCUUCUCCUCUGUACGCUGACCAAUACAAGGAUAGGAGUCAGGAAGACACCCCUCCUCUCUCAUUCUACACUGAUUUUGAAGAAACACAGCAUAAACCCUCUCUUGCUGAAUCCUCCACAUUCAAUGACCAAACAUCCACACAACCUGCUUCGCCUUGCUUUCACAAGAGCCAGGAGAUGUCCUCUUCCCUCUCUGACAUAAACUAUGCAAAUGGACACAGAUGCUCAGAAACAUCUUCCAGUCCUCUGCCUUUACUGAAUACAGAGAUGUACAACGGGAAACAUGAGAGUCCUCGAAAAAGUUGUGAAAGUGAACAGGUUGAUGGAAGUCCUCUGGAGGCAAUUGAUGAUAGAAAAUUAAAUGAGCAUGCUGGCAAACAGUGUAAUAGGAGCUGUGCUCUUCAGAACCCCAGAGAAACUGGCCAAAAAUCAGUAGUGCGCUGUGAGAGUUGUCCGGCUGGAGCCCCUAGUUACAGUAAAGAGCGUACAGUGGGAAAGGUAUCAUCAGCCAUAGAUGCUAAAGCUCAGAAACUGGCCAUCCUCUAUGAGACAGACCACAGGCCUAACACCAUGCCGAGCGUGGCACGUAAAGACUUCCCUCCAGGACUGUGUGGCAGUGACGUUUGCCACUUCUGUACCAAGAGGGUGUAUGUAAUGGAGAGACUGAGCGCAGAGGGCUAUUUCUUCCACCGAGAGUGUUUCCGCUGUAACGUCUGCAAUUGCACCCUCCGUCUGGGAGGACAUACCUUUGACUCACAUGAGGCAAAGUUCUACUGCAAGAUGCAUUAUCUCCAGCGCCUGUCCAGCACUCACACGAGCAGGUUCAGAAGGAGAAUGGAAGACCAAAGCAGUACCACACCCUCUUCACUGGACAGUGAGCGCUACUCCAGGACAGGCAGCCUUCAGAUCAAACCCUCAGGUGGAGCAUCUAGCUUGCAAUCAGAGCAGCACGAUAAGGGUCAAAAUGCAAUCUCUGAAGACACAGAAAUGGCUGUCGAUGCUCUGGAGGCUUCCUGUAUUUUGAAAUGCACAACACAAACCGAGGAAGAAGCCAAAGAUCACUGUAAGAGCAAAAAGAGUCAUAAAUGGAAAAGCAGUAUCCACUCACACUACUCUCGGCUCUUUAGGACUUUUCCAAAGAGUGCUUUACACGACCAAGAGGAAGCAGAGGAUGUCCCUGAAGAAGACCUUGUGCAAAUUGCAGAAAAGUGUAAAUACAAUGACACUACAGUUGAUGCAAAGAAACCCUCAGAGAGAAAUGAGACCAGUGAAGGAGACUCUGCUACUGUGCCAGCAGUCUACAGCUCGUCCACUCCAAAGAAACUCUUAAAGAUACCGCCUUCUAAGAAAGAGAUGCUUCUGGACUGGGAAAGACGGACCACACCAGAGGAGCCCCCUGUUAACACAGACUCCAUGGCAACACAGCAUCAUGAAAACCAGGUACCAGCAGAAGCAGAUAAGCCUCCAACAGACUCCAGCCAGGACGGAGAGUCAUCGCAGAGCCAAACCUCUGCCUCGUCCCUCUCAGCGUUCCAGCUCAUAGCCAAUGCCUUCAGGAGGACAUUUAGUGUGACCAAAACCUCCAGAAGCUCCAAGACUGCCGUCGUAAUGAGACCCAAACGUGACAGAUCCCGCAGAACCAGGCCCAGGUCUGAGGGAGCAUUUAGCCUUAGCUCCAUGUUCAGUGCAGAGAGUUACGAGCCGUCCAGAGAAGAGAGGAAGGCCGGCAAACCCGAGGCUUGGCUGGCGUCUGUGGAGGCGAACCCCUGGGGUGCGGGGCAGGACCUCCCCUCUCUGCUGCAGCAGGUCUCCCUACGAGGCCAGAGAGAGUCUGGAGGAGUGUUUCCUGAGCGCACAGGCUCAUUGUCCCGCAAGAAGGUCAACCUGUUCUCUUCCCUGAGGCUGAAGAAGAGGGAGUCUCAAAGUGGAGGGAAAGACCAGGAGGUCCAGAAAGAAAUCAAGACUAUCCUCAGCAACCUCAGAAACAAAGCCUCUAGUCAACAGCAUUUACAGGAGUCUUUAUCAAGUGACGAUGAAGACACAAACCUGACACACAAGCUGGGUCCAGAGAAACUAAAGAGGAAGCAAAAGAAGAUAGAGGCGCAGCAGGAGAAGAGAGAACAGCUGAAGAGGCUUCACAGAGCUCAGAUGAUCCAAAGACAACUAGAGGAAGUUGGAGAGAAGCAGAAAGUCCUGGAGGAGAGAGGAGUAGCUAUAGAAAAAGUCAUAAGAAGAGAAAUAGAACCAUCACAGUCGGAGGACAGUGAUGAAGCCCAGCUCUAUCAGUCUUGGUUUGAACUCGUUUUAGAGAAGAACAAAUUGGCACGCUAUGAGUCAGAACUCAUGAUUUUUGCCCAGGAGCUUGAACUAGAGGAUGCACAGAGCAGACUGCAGCAAGAUUUAAGGCACAGAAUGGCAGUGGAAGACACAAAGAAGAGUGCAUCUGAGCUCCAGGAGGAACAGGAAAUCCUAUCCGAGAUAAUGAAGAUGGUGGAGAAAAGAGACAUGUUGGUCUCGAUACUGGAGGAGCAAAGGCUGAAAGAGAGGGCUGAGGACAGGGACCUGGAGAGCCUUGUGUUGUCUAAGGGCUAUGAAUUCCACUGGGCCCAGGUGGAUGACAGCUGGGAGCAGGACAAACUGGAGUACGAGGACUAAAUGUCUAUUCUAAUGAGAAAAUGUGAUUAUAGAAACGUCAUAAAAACUGUUAUUUAGCUCGAUGACAAUACCUGGCCUUUGCUGCCAUUGCAGAAGAACAGAAAUGAACCCUGAGCUAAUUUCUAACUUGACAGAAAUAAGGAUUAGUAAACAUGCAUGUUAUGAUUGUUUGACCGCUGCCCUCAGAUUUAAUUUGCUUACACUGACCUGAAUCUGGAUGUGCAACUGGCUGUUUUAAUGUGCCUGUCUACAGCUGCUCACCUACAGAGGGGUGCUGUCGAACGGAAAACACUAGAUAGCAGAUGAAAUUACUUUUGUUUGUGUUUUGUGGAUCAUUUUAAAUGUGUGUUUGCAAAGAAAAUAUGUUAUCAUGCAAUAUGUUUGAAUAUUUAUUGUUUUUCACAAAUGCUGGAACAGUGAAAUACAAUUUUGUAUUCACUCACAGGCACUAAAACACAGAAGAUGAAUGUGCUUUUGUACCUACUGUGCUGUGAUGCUUUUGGCCAGUAAGUCGAGACAGGAGCCCACGUGGAAAAUUGCUGUUGAUAAUUUCAUGCAUGCAUGUUUGUCUAAAGCUGACUCGAACGCCACAGCCUUGUUUUAUGAGCCGUCAACCUGUGACUGGGUGUUCAUUUUAAGAUGUGACACAUCCUUUACUUUGACAGUAUAUGGAGUUAAUUCACUAAUUGUUCAAUUGUGGUGUGAAUUAGCAAACUAAACUUUAAACCAUGUGAUAUUUCUAUGUGUUUUCAUGCUGCUUAAAUGUAUUUUUAAUUUACUUUCAAUUUAAUUCUAUAAAUAAAAAUUGAUUUUGUACUGUGAAACAA